UGAUCACACGUUAUGAUGGGAAGCCGUGUAAGGUAUCCAACCUUGCAUCACCUCAAUUUGUGUGCCUAGAAAAGAAUUUGGCUACUAUAGUCAAAUAUGAUAUCACUAAUUAUGUCAAACUCUUCCUUCUUCAAAUUCCUUCUUUUCUUUCUUCUCACCAUUUCAGCUUCAUUUGUUCAAAUCCAAGGCCUAUGUUUUGGAAUAAACUAUGGACAAAUAGCCAACAAUUUACCUUCACCAUCAAGAGUAGCUAUUCUUAUAAAGUCAAUGAAUGUAACAAGAAUCAAAUUAUAUGAUGCUGAUCCAAAUGUUCUACAUGCUUUCUCCAAAUCAAAUGUUGAAUUUGUCAUAGGACUUGGAAAUGAAGAUCUUCAAAAUAUGACUGACCCUUCUAAAGCUCAAACAUGGAUUCAAAAUCAUGUUCUACCUUACCUUUCACAAACAAAAAUAAAUUGCAUAACUAUAGGAAAUGAAGUGUUCAAUACCAAUGAUACUCAAUUAAUGUUGAACCUUUUACCUUCAAUGCAAAAUGUCUACAAUGCCCUUGUUAAUCUUGGAUUAGACCAAGAAAUUAGUGUCACAACUCCUCAUUCUUUCAACAUUUUGUCAAAUUCUUACCCUCCUUCAUUAGGUUCUUUUAGACAAGAUCUUAUGCAAUAUAUUCAACCACUUGUUGAAUUUAUAUCUCAAAUAAAUUCAUCCUUUUUUAUUAAUGCUUACCCUUUUUUUGCAUACAAAGAUAACCCUAGUGAGGUUAAUUUAAACUAUGUACUAUUUGAACCAAAUCAAGGUUUGGUUGAUCCAAAUACAAAUUUACAUUAUGAUAACAUGUUGUAUGCACAAAUAGAUGCUGUAUAUGCUGCAAUUAAAUUAUUGGGCUAUUUUAAUAUUGAAGUUAGGAUUUCUGAGACAGGUUGGCCUUCAAAGGGUGACACUAAUGAAUUUGGAGCUACAAUACAAAAUGCAAAAUUGUAUAAUGGAAAUUUGCUUAGAAGAAUUGAGGAAAAACAAGGGACACCUGGAAAACCUUUGGUUCCAAUUGAUGUAUAUGUUUUUGCACUUUUUAAUGAAGAUUUGAAGCCUGGUCCUACUUCUGAAAGAAACUAUGGUCUUUAUUAUCCUGAUGGUAGCCCUGUUUAUAACAUUGGAUUGCAAGGUUAUCUACCACAAAUGGUUAUUCCAUCCAAAUCUAAUGUUUUGUCAUUCAAUUUUCUUGUAUGUAUAGUUACAUACUUGAUUUUGCUUGGGAGCUUUUAGGAUCAUGAUCAGAGGAAGAGAGGGGUCAAAGGAAGCAUAAGAAAUUCUAUAGAAAAUUAUUAUUUUGCUAUAGAAAAUUAUUUAAGGUGAGGAAAUAUUUAAAUGGUCCCUGAAAUUUUUUUUUUUUUCCAUUUUUUUGAUUUCCUUGCAUUUUUUUUUUUUGGCAAGGUGAUUAAAAUGUUCUCCUUUAUUGUUUCAGUAUUUGUGAAACACCAUGUGGAUCAUAUGAAUACUGAAUCUAUAGUGGAGUAAAAAUGACUAUAUAGAAAUUAGUUUUUGGUUCACAAGCUAGCUAAUCCUACCCUCAAACAUUUUAGGGAUCCAUUCGAUUCUACUUAUAAAAUAACAAAUUCAGAAUUCAAAUUUUAGAUA